AUGAGAUCCACAAUGACCUCUUUAGUACAUAGAUCCAUCACUGGACAAUGUCGUUCAUUAUUUCCCAAAUAUUUCACAACUUCAAGAAACACAAAUAUAAGGUUCUUUUCAACAACAAAGAUCUCCAGAAUAACAGAACCUAUAAUACAUCCAAAUAAGAAUGUUGAAAUUAGGCCAGUCUCCACGCUUCGACCAAGAACUCAUCCAGAAUAUAUCAAAGCUCAUAAUUCAAAGCUUGAGAAUCUUGUAUGGCGGAAUCCGUUACAAAAUAUCCUUAUCACAAAGAAGCCUUGGUCUCAACAUGUUAGAGCUAGUAUGGUUGAGUUUAUUACAUUCCUUCAUGAUCAUUAUCCAGAAAUAAAUGUUAUGGUUGCAAAUGAUGUCGCUGAAGAAAUAUCACAAGAAUUUAAAGAAAUGCCAAAGCAAACUAGUAGAUCUCCACAUGUUUUAUAUACUGGUGAAAUGAGUGAAAUUGUUCCAAAGACAGAUUUAUUAGUUACAUUAGGAGGUGAUGGUACUAUUUUAAGAGGUGUCUCGCUGUUUUCAAAUGGACGAGUGCCACCUGUUUUAUCAUUUUCCCUUGGUACAUUAGGGUUUUUAUUACCUUUUGAUUUCAAUAAUUUCAAACAAGCAUUCAAAGAAGUCUACACAUCAACAGCAAAAGUUAUACAUAGAACAAGAUUAGAAUGUCAUGUUAUAAGAAAAACAUCAAAACCAGAAAAUAAAGAUAUGAUUCAUGCUAUGAAUGAUAUUGUCUUACAUCGUGGUGAUACUCCAAAUUUAACAACUUUAGAUAUUUAUAUUGAUGGUGAAUUUUUAACAAGAACAACCGCUGAUGGUGUUUGUCUGAGUACACCAACAGGAUCAACUGCUUAUUCAUUGAGUUCUGGUGGUAGUAUUGUUAGCCCUCUGGUUCCAGCUAUCAUGAUUACACCAAUUUGUCCAAGAUCAUUAUCAUUUAGACCUUUAAUUGUUCCAUUAUCCUCACAUAUAAAAAUUAAGAUUGCAGAAAGACAAAAUGGUGAAAAUGAUGUUAGAUUCUCUAUAGACGGUGUUCCUCAAGAUUUUUUGAAAGUUGAAGAUGAAAUUCAUGUUGUUAAUGAAAUUGGUACUAUUUUUGUUGAUAAUGUUAAGAUUCCAACUGCCUCUGGAGAACAAAGAUCUAUUUUGAAGAAAAAACAAGUUGAAACCGGUGUUUACUGUGUUGCUAAGAGUGAGAAUGACUGGGUCAGAGGUAUUAAUGAACUAUUAGGAUUCAAUUCAAGUUUUAAGAACCAAGCAAAGAUCAAAAAUUCAACAAAAGCUGAUGUCUAA